AUGGCGUCAGGACAUGCUGCUGAUUUUGCAUCGGUCGAGUACGGUGCACAAGCUUUGAUAGAGAUGGGCCCAACAGUCGUUGAGGUGCGACCUAAGGACGUGUUGGAGACCGUGUCCGCGCUUGUGGACAUUUUCAUACGACAUCCGGACGAAAGUGUGGCAGGUCAGCUGUUGAGCGAGCUGGGUCCCAUGAUGGCAUGUCCGGAGGUGGCUAGAAAACUACUGGCGCUGCUAGCAAGCGAUCUUGAGCAGUCUUCCCGACGCCGUGUAGCACAAGCCAUGGCAUUAUUGGGCCCUGCUUCAGCUAGAGCUUGCAAGGGGUUUGUGAAAAAGUUGGUGGAAUUACUGUCAGAUAGCGACGAUGAGCUUCAAAAAUCUGCAGCGGUGGCCAUGGGGCAGUUGGGCGCUUGCAAAAAUUUGGUAUCCAAACUGGUGGAUUGGCGCACAGAUUCCGACUUGCACAAACAAUCUAUUGCAGCAGAUGUUUUAUUGCAGUUGGGCCCAGCAAGUGUGCCCAAACGGCUGAUGGAACUGUUCCAGGAUCCAGCGGCAUCAAUGCGAUGUUUUUCAGCCGAGGCCAUGGGCAUGCAGGGCCCCUCGGCAGCCGAAGCGUGUCCGGAGGCUGUGUCCAAGUUGGUAGAUUUGAUGCUGGCGGAUCCAGACCUGUAUGUGCGACUCACUGCAGCACAGGCCCUUAAGCAACUGGGCCCCACAAUUGCCACUGAUUGUCCGGAAGCAAUCUCUAAGCUGAUCGAAUCACUGGCAGAUCCAGACCAGCCAGGGCGCUGCUAUGCCGCAGAGGCACUGUUGCAGCUGGGCCCUGCAAUGGUUGAAGUUCGCCCAGAUUUCAUGUUCCACCUAGUCGAAUUGCUAGAAGAUCCAGAUGCCAGUGUGCGAGGCGCAGCAGCAGAGGCGGUCGGGGAACUGAGUCUCGAACAUUUGAAAGGGUGUCCGAAGGCAGUACUCGGUCUUGUUAGGUUGCUCGAAGAUGAAAAGGAGGAAGUGCGGUCAAGAGCAGAAGGGGCAGUUCGACGCCUGGGUCCCGCAAUAAGGCCUUCGCUUGAAAAACUCCUGAACUUAUUGGGCGAUGAUGAAUGGCAAGCGGCAGACCUCAUCGGUGAGCUGGGCCCGACAGCAGUAGAUUGUGCGCAGGCUCUGUGCAAAUUGGAGACCUUGCUCGAAGCCCCGGACAAGCAGGUGCGGAUCACAGCUGCAACAUCUUUGGGGAAAUUGGGCCCCAAAGCCGUACAGGCCGUUCCCAGGCUGGCAGAGUUGUUGGUGCAGAUGUUGGAAGAUUCAGAUUCGGAGGUGCGAGACAGGGCAGCGCAGGUCUUUGGUGAGCUGGGCCCUUCAGCAAGUGAGGCAUGUCCAUGGGGCGUGCGCAGGCUGGCUCAGCUGCUCAAAGAUCCCGAACUCGAGGUGAGAAUCUCUGCAACAGAGUCCUUGGGGCAUUUCGGUGUCAGUGUUCUUAAGGCUUGCCCGGAUUGUGUUCAGACAUUGUUGGAGUUGCCCGCCGAAAUGUCAAGGGAGAAAGCUCUAGCCAUGCGGAAGCUAGGCUUGGUGACACAUCCAGCUUUUCAGGAGGCUGUGUGCAAGGUGGUGGAUUCACUUGCAGAUCCAGAUUGGAUGACGCGGCAUCAAGUAGUGAUUGCCUUGGAGCAGCUGGGGCCUGCAGCAGCUCAGGCUCUCCUGGCCAAGCAGGAAAUGGUGCUAGAGGCCCUUCAGGAUGGUGUUGAAGAUCCAGAAGGGACACUCUGCCAACAUCUCUGUCAAGCGUUGAUAACCUGCCUUGAUGCAUCAGGGGCAAGCGGUUCAGGCCAACAACACAGGCUGGCUUUGCUUCGCGCAGCCGCGGUGUCCGUCUCAAACGACAACGGCCAGAAAAAUGUGCUUUUGAGGCAUGUGGCUUCUUCACGGGCUUCGAAUGGCUCGGAGCUGGAGCUUGGAGUUGUCUGUGUUCAAGACAAGUUUAAUUUAAAAGCUUCAAAAGCCGUGGCCGGUCCGGUCAAGGCUGUUGGGUCGAUUGGCAGUGAAUGA